ACUCUGAAUUUGUUUACUUGGUGCUAGCUUUACAGAACUUGUUUCUACUGUCGUUAUGAUAUACUUUUAUAUGCACCACCACAUACUUUAGUAAAGGUUUAUCUGAACACAUUUUGUAUUUUGCAGUAACUAGCUGCAUUGAUCAAAAAUUACAGUGAUUUACCUCAAAAGUACAAAGCUAAAGUUUAUUGAAUGGGACUGAGCUUUUAAUGAUAUAAUGGCAUCCAAUCGAGACCACUGUUCCUGCUGCUCACAUCCAGUGUCAUCCUCCACUGUUUACCAGACCUUGAGUGAGAUGGAUUUUGAAAGAGGCAUUUGGUCAGCAGCAAUGGAAGGGGACUUUGAAAGGGUCACAUUUUUGAUCCAGAAAGGUUCACAUCCAAACAUGAAAGAUAGUGCUGGAUACACAGCUUUGCACUAUGCCAGUCGCAGUGGACAGCUAGCUAUUUGCAAGUUCCUUCUUGAAAAUGGUGCGUGUGCAGCUCCCCAGACACCAGGGGGCGCCACUCCCCUGCACAGAGCGGCCUACUGUGGACAUCUGGAGGUGGUUAAACUCCUCCUGCAGCACAGAGCAGACCCACUGCUGUGUGAUGAUGACGGAGCAUCUCCAUUGCAUAAGGCUGCAGAGAAAGGACAUACAGAUAUCUGUCAGUUGCUUCUUCAGCAGUGUCCAUCUCUCAUAUCUCAAAUGAACAACAGACAUCUGUUACCGUGCCACUUAGCCAAAGAGGAGGAUCUACAGGAGCUCCUGAAACCACCACCGUAACCAUUCAGACACGUGGAGCUGAAGGUGAUAAACAAAUUUUCACAAUCCAUGAACUAUGGACUAAUGCUUCAGUAAAGGCAUACCAACAACAAACUUAAUAGUAAAUUUUAUACUUUACAUUUCCCAUAGUUCUCUGAUGUAAAACUUGAUAGUGAAAAAUAUUUUGAUAAAAACUAAAACAAAAUAAAAACUGAAGAGGUAUUUACUUUGUGUAUGAGGUUGCAGUGGACAGCAGAGGGAGCCAUUACUGUAUAAGUAUGACUGAGUUUUGGUAUAGUAAGAGUUUUGGUACAGACUAUGUAAAAGACCUGGCAGCUUGAACAGAAUGAGCUCAUUCAAUCAGAAAUAUUGGAAAGCUACACAAUGUCCUAUAGAAAAGGAAAGCUACACUGCAGUGAUUUAAAGUCUACUUCAAUUGUUAAACUAGUAUUAUACUUGCUUCUCAUAUAACAUUACACUAUUUAUCUGAAGUGACAGUUACUGCUUCUGUCAGACAGUGAAUGUAAAAGCCCCUUGUCUUCCAUAAAUAUUUCUCCCCUACAUCACAUAAAGUUAUUCUACUUGUUUCUUACCUUUAAAACAUUAUCCUCAUGAGAAAACCUAAUUACCAGCUCUUUUCUUUUUCACCUCCGGAGGUAUCAAAGGCAGCCCACAUGAACCUAUUAAAGUAUUUUUACACAAAGGAACAAAAGAUGGAGGCCUAGGGCUAAAUAAAGGAUGUUGAUAUUUCCAUAUCUGGUAGAACACAUGGAAGCACUUUGAGCUAUUGUCUCCCAUACUUCUCCAAAGCAUGUUAAAUAAGUUACACAUGCACAUAUAAGACUGAUACAGUUUUCUUCAUCUUGGCUCUAUCCAGAUGUGCGUUUAAAUAUGAACCUUUUUACAGAAACCCUCUUGUUCUAAGUUGAGAAGAACUUUCAUUGGGUCUCACUGGUGGGUGGCGCGUCCAAACUACCUUCAAAACCACAUCCAGUACCGUGAUUGUGGAGGGGUGCCAGGCCACAUCUGGAGCUCAUUGCAGCUGACGCCACACUGCACGAGGGGAGAUGGGGUGUCGGGACGGGGGUAGGAGUGGUGGGGCGAGGGGUAGGCAGAGUCUUUUGCUGUUUACGCUCAAUGACAACUCCUUCCUCUUCACACAGCUAAACCUCACCUUACAAAGAUCACCUUACUCGCAUGCUACAUCUUAAAGAGCUAAAGGGCUACAUCUUAAAGAGUUAAAGGAGUGGUUCUCAAACUGUGGAGCUUAUACAAGUGGGGUGCAGGGUCCUUUUUGUAGAACUGAAGAGUUGUUUAAAACUGGUUGUGACUUUGGAUCCAGUUUAGUCAUGGCUUGGUUCUUUUAAAGACCCAGUUUAAUCUGGUUUAUUGUGUGUUUAUUCCUAAUUUAGUAAGGUAUAAAUAGCCCAUCACCACAUAAACUGACAUCCGUUUAGUUAGCCUACCAAAAAAGUUAUUUUGCUUCUCACACAAAUGCCAGUCAAAGUCAGUGGGAGGUCUUCAGUCUCCAACUACUUCAAUUUGUUUUUAGAGACAACUAGGCUUGCUCUUGCUUCUGCCUCUUGCACUGGUAAGUUCUUGUUGAGUCACAUUCAUUUAAGAAACUGAAUAAGGCUAGUUUCUGUCAUAUUUUGUCUUUAUUAAAUCACAAGUGUUGGAGUGAAAACAAAAUGAUUCAAUUUAGGCCAAUUAUGUUUUAGUCCUUGGGCAUGUACUUUUACAAUUGUGAGCAAGGAAGGCAGAGGUGGCCUAUGGGAUACCUGUAGGACUUUUUAUGUAACUGUUUCAAGAAAACAACCGCCCCAAAUUUGCUUUGACUCUUGGCUUAGCUGUCUCUGUGCACAGCUCUGCCACUGGAAGGUAUGUCAGCCAAUCUCAUCGCAGGCCCAAUGCAAUUAAAGAGAGUACAAAGACAUAUGGCUGCAGGGCGAGUGAUAAGAUUAUAGUCUUGUGUACAGCCACACUGCUUUGAUUCAUCUCCUCUUUUAUCUGCAGCACACAUAGACUUCAGUUUCAAGGAGCUAACACCAACAGGACAAGGAACCUUCAGGUGAGAGCUAGGAUCCUACUCCUCCCAUUCACCACCAGCAACAUGAGCUGAGGAUAAAGAUCAUAUUAUACAGACUAGGGGUGGAGAGCAAAUGGAUACUUUUACUAAACUUACCUACGUACAUUUUUGAACAAUAUUUACUUCAGCUUCAUGUUGUAAUCUUUGUUAAUGUGUGAUUAAUGGAUAAAUAAAGCAAUCCAAAUAAACCAGGU